AUGGAUGAUAUGGACUUCUCCAAAGCACCUCCAAGCUUCCAAGAGGUGCGAUGGAUCUCCACGAUUCUGCUCACGACUCUCGCCUCUGGCUGGUUGGUCUGUUACAUUGCCACAAUUGCCAAAGCUUUCCGUGACCGUGCUUGCUGGAUGCCGAUUAUUCCACUAUCUUGCAAUCUUUCGUGGGAAUUGGUGUUCGUGUUCCUCUACCCGCCACCACGCCUUCCAAUUGUCACCUUCUGGUUAUCCCUAAACCUGUGGGUAGUUUUCGUUGCCGUGAAAUUUGCAUCAGGGUCCAACAAGCAAUCUGCCGUCUUCUCCAAUGGAGCUCUCCAACGCGGAGCAUUCUUUGUACUAGCUACAAUUUUCUGGGGUGCAGGGCAUGUCGCAUUGAUAUCUCAAGUUGGACCUCUGACGGCGUUUUAUUAUGGUGGUCUUUGCUGCCAGAUAAUGACCAGCUCGGCAGCGUUGGAUAAGCUUCUGAAAGCUGGACAUACAGCUGGUGCAUCUUACACCAUUUGGAUCAGUCGAGUCAUUGGCACUUCUAGUGCGAUCCUGGGAGUGUAUUUCAGGGCCUGUUACUGGCCCGAAGUUUGGGCUUGGGCUUCUAAUCCGCUUAUGUACUGGACGACAGCAGCAUUUAUUAUUCUUGAUGGGUUGUAUGGAGUGGCCUUUUGGAAUAUUCGACGAUCUGAGAAGCAACAGCAGAAACGCCACGCAACCAAGAAAAAUUGA